AUGAAAUCCCCACCACAACCAGCAACAGUCCAUGAGCUGAAAGAAGAUAGUAGCCCGAUGCUUCACAGCAAGGUUUCUGCGACGAGAAAUCGCGUAACCAGGAGGAACGCCAUACUAUAUUCUUUGAACAGGGCUCAGCACAGGCCUAGAAAGGCCCCGGACUGCAGUGACGAAGAUAUAAAUUUAGGGAAGCGCGAUUUGAGGCUCCGUAUUGUAUCGGAAUCACUAAAUUCUACUUAUCUCGAGCAAGAAAGCUACGAUAACUACCUCCGGGGUCACACUAUAUGGUACGGUUACUACAUCAAAGACUAUGUCUAUUUGGACGAAGGGAGCAUUUUCAAGAGCCUACAGCAUAUAGUAUAG